AUGUCGGCGAUGCAGACGGCCAAUAGGCUCCGGACGGCUUUUACCAAGGGUACCGGCCCCAGCUUCGGGCUAUGGCAGAUGAUCCCCGGCGCCAAUGUUUCCCGAGUCCUUGCCCGGAGCCCGGGCGUGGACUGGGUCCUGGUGGACUGCGAGCAUGGAAACAUUGACGACGGCGCCAUGCACGAUGCUGUGCCCGCAAUUGCCGCGGCUGGUGUCUCCCCGAUCGUGAGGCUGCCCGACAUGCAGGGCUGGAUGGUCAAGCGAGCUUUAGAUUGCGGCGCUCACGGGAUACUCGUCCCGCUGCUCCGAACCGCCCAGGAGGCCAAGGAUCUAGUCCAAGCCGCCAAGUUUCCGCCGUGGGGACGUCGGGGUUUCGGCUCGCCGCUGGCCAUGGAGCGCUUCAGCCCGGCGCCGAGCAUGACCGAGUACCUGCAACAGGCCAACGACAGCCUGCUGACGAUGGUGCAGAUCGAGACCAAGGAAGCGUUGGAGUCCGUCGAGGACAUUGCGGCGGUCGAGGGCAUCGAUGUCCUCUUCAUCGGGCCAUUUGAUCUUGGCAACAACAUCGGCCACCCGGUGAUCAACGGUAUCAUCAAGAAGGAGCUGAGCGACGCCAUCGACCGCGUCCUCGAAGCCACGCACAAGGCAGGCAAGAAGGUGGGCAUCUUCUGUACCAGCGGCGAGCAGUCCAAGGUCUUUGCGGACAAGGGUUUCGACAUGAUUAGUGUUGCGACGGAUUACACGGCAUUGCAGUUUACGUUGUCGGAGUCACUGAGCGUUGCCAGGGGGGAGGCGAAGCCGGCCAAGGGUGGUUCGUACUGA